UUUCUCAGUCACUGUGUUGGGGGGGUGGUGUUUUUCUUGGAACAUGGGCUAUUUCUUCUCGGACAGAAACCCACCCAUGCAAAUAUAGAAUCUUGUUCCUUUUUCUCACUCUCUGCUUUGUUUUGCUUUCUUUUACUUUUUCUUGAAAAAAAACCCCAAUUUCGUCACCAUAUCAGAGUCACAGACCUAUCAUCCUAUUUGGACAGUUCCUUUUUAGGGUUUACGUAAAUCUUUAUUUUUUAUUUUUUUGUGUUUGUCGUUUGGGGUUGUUCUUGAGCCCUGUUAUUGUGCCCCUUAAGUCUACAUUUUUGAUUUAUAAAAAAAAAAAAAAAAAUUGAAAAACCCAUUUUCACUUUAUGCACGAUGUAAAAUGUUAAUUGAGGUUUAUUGCUGAAGAAAUACCAAAAUGUGUCAACCUUCUGUACUUCAUUCUUUUGAGUUGCUUUAGGGUUUUCUUUACCCUUUUUGUUUUGUUCUUACUUCUGAAAUGGGUUACUUUAAGAGAAAUUGUUUCUUGUUUGGGGGAUUGUCCUUGUCUUUAAGAGAAUUUUCUGGGAAAACCAUUUUAUGGGGAUGAAAAAACAAUCCACCUUGCCAAUCCAAUCGUGUUGCUAAAAAGAAAAAAAAGAAAAAAAAAAAAACAAUUGAUUCUUUUUUUUGAAUCGGAAACUGUCCUUUUUUGUUUAGGGCUUUUUUCAAUUAUCCAUUUGGAAUUCAAACUUUUCUGAAACAUGGGUUCGAUAAGGAAUUCCCAAAUUUAGGUCCCAACAUUGUCGAGUUUCCAGAAUACCCAUUUAGAAAUUAUCACCGAGGAUUACAUAUCCGUAACCCCUUAGGGCUUUUUCUGAAACCCACUUUGAAUUUUGGUAAUUUUCUUCUUCGUUCGUAUUUCUUACUAAUUCUCUCACACUUUGAAAGAACGAACAUGGGCUGUGUCCAUGGAAAAUGUUGCAGUCGCUACCCGUCAUCUUCUAAUGGCGAUUCUCGAAACUUCGGAGAAGUUGAUCCGUACAGUCUGCAAAGAAAACACAUACUCACUGAAAGAUCUUUGGAGCAUGUAUCUGUUCCUUCGUACAACUUCGAUUUGAAGUACUCUGUUCUGACUCAGCGAGGGUACUAUCCAGACUCACUUGAUAAGGAAAACCAGGACAGUUUCUGCAUAAGAACACAGAUUCAAGGUAACCCAGAUAUCCAUUUCUUUGGUGUGUUUGAUGGGCAUGGCCAAUUUGGUACAGAGUGUUCCAACUUUGUCAAGGACAGGUUAGUAGAGGUACUUUCUAGUGACCCAGCAUUGUUAGAUGACCCUGUAAAAGCAUAUCAUUCUGCUUUUCUUACUACGAAUACCGAAUUGCAUAAUAGCGUGAUUGAUGAUUCCAUGAGUGGUACCACGGCUAUCACAGUGCUUGUUGUUGGGGAUAGGAUUUUUGUUGCAAAUGUGGGUGAUUCACGAGCUGUGCUUGCGGUUAAGGAUGGGAAUCGGAUUGUUGCUCAGGACUUGUCAUAUGAUCAGACACCGUUUAGGAAAGAUGAAUAUGAGAGAGUGAAGCUCUGUGGAGCCAGAGUUUUGAGUGUUGAUCAGGUGGAAGGGUUUAAGGAUCCGGAUGUUCAGACCUGGGGUGAUGAAGAAAGUCAAGGAGGUGACCCUCCAAGGUUGUGGGUUCCCAAUGGAAUGUAUCCUGGGACUGCGUUUACAAGGAGUGUAGGGGAUAGUACAGCAGAGAGUAUUGGUGUGGUUGCUGAUCCAGAGGUGUCAAUGGUUCAACUUACACCUAACCAUCUUUUCUUUGUUAUUGCAAGUGAUGGGGUGUUUGAAUUCCUCUCAAGCCAAGCUGUUGUCACUAUGGCGGCAAGAUACACAGAUCCCCGAGAUGCAUGUGCUGCCAUUGCUGGAGAGUCAUACAAAAUAUGGCUGGAUCAUGAAAACCGGACAGAUGAUAUAACGAUAAUCAUUGUUCACAUCAGAGGCUUGAUUAAUUCAGCUGCUGGUGCUACAGAUGGAUCAAGUGGGACUGUUCUUGGACCGGCAAUCACAACACAAAAAGGAACUUCUGAGUUAUCCGUUGCUACCACUGGGUCAGAAGUUUAUCGUUCAGUGAGAAGUGACCUUUCAGAUCUGCGGUCCUGUCAAUAUGCGAUUUCCAUGAAUCGAAGUCCAGCAAUUGUUGUUCCAUCUCCGACAAGCCGGAGACCCUUGGAAGUGUAGUUGAUCUGAAGGGCUUUGUUGAAACUGCCUCACACUUCCUUGUGGUUUUUUCUCGAAUGGUACCUCUUUGCAACCUUUACUUUGUAACCAUUAGACCCGGUUGCUUUUGAGGAUGUUAUAUCCUUUGUCAUAUGUGGUUGUUACAUUCUGACUCAGGCUGAUAACAGGAUCUGUGUUACUCGUGGUUGCAGCAUAAACGGUUCGUUCUGUGUGUAUACAAGAUGACGUUUCUGGUCACUAAUUUCCAGACUCUCUUGCUAACUAUACUUGUUGUGCCAUUUCUGACUUUUACAGUAUGCAUAAAGGAGAGCAAAAUGGCUGUCCUUCAGCUGUAGUGUCUUGAGUUGCUAAUCCAAGUAUAUAGGGGAAGAAAAUGGGAAUAAAAAAUUGCUGAUUUGAGGGGUUUAAAAAGGUGAAGUUGAGGGGGUAGGGGCUGAAGAUGUUCAUUGUAUAUUUAAGUUUAAAUGUCCAAGUGGUGAAGAACUGUAUGCUUCUUUCUUUUUUAUGCUUCUUUCUUUUUCUA